UCCAUGUAAUUUACAUUAUUUCGGUAUCAAAAAUCAUAUUUAUACAGUCAUUAUAAAUAAACAAAUGGUCAACAAAUAAAAGUAAUGAAUUGAAACUUAAUUUUCAGAAUCAAAACGAGAUGAUUUUGUUGUGGGCAAAUACGUUCUAAAUCUAAAACAAAAAAUACAUGUACUAUUUAAGAGCUUGAUUUUUGCACUUUGCACUCGAAACCAGCUCAGGGUUACUUUGGAGUAAACCCGAAAGAAAUGAAGUAGUAUCGAAGUGCUUCCGGAUUUUGAUUUGUGUAAAAAAAAGAGCAGAGGGAUCAAAGAAGUUGUAUUGUUGUAUAGCAAUUUUGAAAUGGGAUCUAAAAUUAUCAUUUGCUUAACUAUUAUGUAAUCGAAGAACAAAUUUAAUUUCAUUUCAGCUCAUCUUCCAGUUUAUUAUAUUACAAGAUAAAAGCCAUAAUGUAAAAUAAUAUAACCUUACUUAGGUUGAAAUCAUUUGUCACAUUUGUAAAUGUGAAUAUUUGUAAAUAGCUUCGAUAAUUUGAAUUUAUUCAGUAAAAGUAAUUAUAAUGGAUGCUGGAGGGGAUAGAGCGCUUCAUUCAACCAAUAUAGCUGUAAUUCGUGAAGUAUACGACAGCGAAUAUUCUCAGCACUGUUUUUCCAUGGAAUUAGAAAAAGCCUUAGACAGUUGUUGCUCAUAUAUUAUUAUAGAACCAAGUCAACUUGGAGAUGAAACUGCACGUUGGAUCAGCUUUGGAAAUUAUUUACAUAAAACUGCUGUUAUUUCAGGUGUUGCUUCAAUUGUGUCAGGAUUUAUAUGGCCAGAAAAUUUUACACCCCAGGCCCCUCUAAGUAUAUUUUCUGUUUUAUGCACGGGGCUAUAUACUGCUUCUUGGCAAUUUGAUCACUGUGUGAAAUAUCAGGUUGAAAGAGACCCCCGUAAAUUAGCAAGACUACCAGUAUUAGGGGCACUUACAGCUGCGUCUCCAGUAGUCUUAGUCCGCAAAGAUGAUACAAGGCGGAAAAUAUUACACUGCACUGUAUCGAUAACCGCAGCAGCAUUGUGCAUAUAUAGAUUAUAUUGUACAAUAAAAUAAACGAUCCCAUCAAGUGCAACGUAGAAUAUGCAAUAAUGUUAGAUAGCCGCAUUUUAUGGGCAUUUAUAAUAGAAUUACGUGUGAAUUCUAUGAUACUUGGAUACUUUAAAUAAAGACAUUGUCAAUGUUUCAAUGUGUGCAUCGAUUUCUCUGUAGUUUGACUCAAGCUAGGUAUGACUUAAUAAACAAAUUAUCAUACACAUAUUGUGCAAUUUUUUUUAAGCGAAUAGAGUUGAAUAUUAAAAAGGGACGACAACUAAAUAAUACUUCUCUCAAUAUAAAGAUAUAUAAGGCACUUUAUUAUUUACUGAUGCCAAAUUGUGAAAUAAACUAUUUGUUGCUAAAAAAUAAUUUUAAAUUAUUUUGUCUAAUACUGUUAUCAAACUUAUUUAUGUUUUGGAAAGGGUUUAGAUUUAUUUCUAAGAAAGUUCUGUCAGAUAAUCUCAAGUUGGUAGUAUUAGUACGUAGCAUUUGAAAAAAAAUCAAAUUAGAGUAUAGGAUAAUUUUUAUAUGCAGUGUGUCCCAAAAUUAGUCAACAGGCACAUAGGGGUAAAAAGAGUGUGGAAAUCUGAGAAGAAAAAUCCUUAGGCAUUUUUUUAUCAGUCUUGCACCACCACCGUGGAGACCGUCAAGGCCGGGCCUCUGAUUUUUUAUUAGUGCAAAAAAAUCGCAGAAUUUCAUUUUUUAUUUAUUAAAAAUCCACGCUUUUAAUAUGAACAAAAUUACUGAAAUGUCAUAUUUUUACCCAAUUAUUUUUCAUUGAAUAUUUUCGCUUUUUACUCGAAGACCGGACUUUCGCAAUAUAUUACUGAAUUUAUUCAUAUAAAAAAAAUCUUAAUUUUAUUCUAACAAAAUAAAACAAUAAAUAAUUGAAGCUAUUUCAAGUUUUGGCGGCCUUGAUGCUCUCCGCGGCUAAUAUCCUGGGUACAAGGGAAGUAGUAUUUGAAAAAAUGUAUAACUUGAGAAACGUGAUCUUUUAAUUAACAAUAUUAAUAGUCAAUGUGCUCAAAUAUCAGAUAUAUUUUGUUAUUAUAGAGUAAUCCUCGGACCUUUACAAAUAUGGAAAAUUUUUUCAUUUUAAUACUUUACACUUAUUUGAACUGAAAAAAUUCACAUUAAUUUUGAUCAUUAGCCAUUUCACCAAAUAUUAGUCUCAAAUAGCGGAGUCAUUGAGCUAGUUAAGCUGUGGCAUUCUGGCAUUAUUAAAACAAAAAUCAAAAUAUUGCCUAUUUACAAUUUUCUGUUGUAAGUUGUUGCUAUAUUAUUUUCUUAAAAAUGUGUGUACAAAUUUCUCUUGUAAAAAUAAGUUGCAUAAAACUUGGUCAUGUAGUGUUUGCCAAGUCCACGUCAUAGUUUCAGGAGUUUUUUUUUUUAUCUUUUUUGGACCAAAACCUCGGUGAAUUUAGGGUCUAAAAUCACCAGUUAUCGAAAUUAAAAAGAAAACAGUUUCAAAUUACAUGAAGUUGAGGAUAUAAAUUAUAUUUAUUCAAAUGCCUCUGAAGAUGUUUGGCAUAAAUUAUUUAGGCUAUUAAUCUUGUUAUAAGCAAAGAAAAGGUGCAUUAUGUCGACUAAUGGCUGGUGAGGCAGUCACUAAGAUUUUUGGAUUUUUUUAAUUUUUUUUAAUUCAGAAUGAAUUCUGCACAGCUGAAUUAUUUUAAGUAAAAUUCAUUUCAAUAAAAAAAACUGGAACAAGAUAGAAAAAGUUUGUGGGAUAUUUUAUUAUCUGAUUUAAGAUUUGGUAAAAUAUUUUUUCAUUCAUUGUACCUACUGUGUAUUAAGCUAAAUUAAAAAAAAAAUGUAAUUAAAUAAUUUAAAAAUAAGUUUCGGAAUAGUGGAAGUGGCAUUUUUUUUCUUAGAAAUAACAUUAGGAAUUAAAUGCACUUAUCCAAUUUCUGAACCACUUAAUUGUGAAAUUCUGGGAUAUUUCUCCUGGUCGACAGAUUUAUGUAUCAAUUCAGCAUAAGUUGGGUAAUUAGCCAAUGUUCAUCUUCAGAGAUAACUUCUGGAAGUUAUGAUGUACCUACAUAUAUGAUCAAGCAUGAGAAAGUUAUGAACACUAUCUCAUAAAACAAACAAGUCUCAACAGUAUACACUGUAAAGAUACAUAUUACUGAAUUGUUUACAUUAUGGAAAUAAGUUGUAAUCAAAAUUUACAAGGUGUAUAUUUGUAUAAAUCAAUGUUUUGUUCGUUUAUUACAAAUUUUUAACUUUUCGUCACCAUUGUGUUAUUAUGAUAGGUUGUACCGUGUCCUUUAAUUUUAUUUUUUAAAAAUGUUUUAUUUAUGAAUCACCCUUGUUAUCAGAAAGUCUUUAGAUUGAUAAAGUACCAAAAUCAAUUGCUAUUCUAGGGCAAAAUCUCUGUUGCCAACCUUGAAAUUUAAGUUUAAAAACCACAAAUAUUAUUUUUGGGGCACACAGAAACAUUUGGUUAGGCUAGUUGGUCAAUCUAGAGACUUUAGUUAUCAGUUAUCUGAAAACUGUGUUGUUAAGCAUAUAAAUAAAAACAAAAUUUUAUUUUA